UCAUCCACACACCGCUCCUCCUCUUCCUCCUCCUCCUCCUACUCCUCCUCCUCCUCCUCAUCCACCUCCGUCUCCAGAUUCUCCAAGAUUUCCGCGUCAAGCAAAGAGAGGGGGGGCCCCCCGUAAGCGAGGCAGUGCGCACCAGAGCCCUUCCAGCAUGGAGACUGCGUUAAAGCCCGAGCACUAACAAUGUGAGAUUUACACAGGGAAUCAGGAGCUAGAGAGAGAGCGCGCGUGUGUGUAUGUGCGUGCAUCAGAAAGUGGCAUCCCCCCCCUUGUGUCUUGUGCGGCUGAUUCUGAAUUGUGUGUCUGCGCAGUGUGAAGAUGAAGAAGUUCAACAUCAGGAAGGUGCUGGACGGCUUGAAAGAGGCGUCCUCCUCCACCCCGUCCGUGCAAGUGGGGCCACAGGAGAACCAUCUGAUCCAGGAGAGCCUCCAGUCCGAGCAUUUCCAGCUCUGCAAGACUGUCCGCCAUGGCUUCCCCUAUCAGCCGUCGUCCAUGGCCUUUGACCCCGUGCAGAAGAUACUGGCCUUCGGCACCCAGAGCGGAGCCCUCAGAUUUUUUGGCCGUCCAGGUGUGGAGUGUUACUGUCAGCACGAGAGCGGAGCUGCCGUCAUCCAGCUGCAGUUUCUCAUCAAUGAGGGAGCGCUGGUGAGUGCUCUGGCCGAUGACAGCGUCCACCUGUGGAACCUGAGGCAGAAGAGACCGGCCAUCCUUCACUCCCUUAAGUUCAGCAAAGAGAGAAUAACUUACGUCCACCUGCCCUUCCAGAGCAAGUGGCUGUACAUCGGCACGGAACGAGGGAACAUCCACAUCGUCAACGUGGAGUCCUUUACCCUCUCAGGCUAUGUGAUCAUGUGGAACAAAGCCAUCGAACUGUCCUCCAAGGCUCACCCCGGACCUGUCGUCCAUAUAACUGACAACCCAAUGGAUGAGGGAAAGCUUAUAAUUGGAUUCGAGUCUGGGAUCGUGGUCAUGUGGGAUCUGAAAUCAAAGAAGGCCGACUAUCGCUACACUUACGAUGAGGCGAUCCACUCAGUUGCCUGGCAUCACGAGGGCAAGCAGUUCGUUUGCAGUCACUCGGAUGGAACUCUGACCAUAUGGAACGUCAGAGGCCAGGGCAAACCCAUACAGACAAUCACCCCACACGGAAAACAGCCCAAGGACGGGAAGAAGCCAGAGCCUUGUAAACCCAUUCUCAAAGUGGAGUACAAAACCACAAGAAAUGGGGAACCCUUCAUAAUCCUGUCUGGUGGGCUGUCCUACGACACGGUGGGCCGGCGGCCAUGUCUGACGGUAAUGCACGGAAAGAGUACGGCUGUGCUGGAGAUGGACUAUCCCAUAGUAGAUUUCCUCACACUCUGUGAGACACCAUACCCUAAUGAUUUUCAGGAACCUUACGCUGUGGUGGUCCUUCUGGAGAAGGAUCUAGUGGUGAUCGACCUUGCACAAAAUGGUUACCCCAUAUUCGAGAACCCCUAUCCCCUGACCAUCCACGAGUCUCCUGUGACCUGCUGCGAGUACUUUGCCGACUGCCCUGCCGACCUCAUACCUGCACUUUACUCCGUUGGCUCGCGGCAGAAACGACAGGGCUACAGCAAAAAGGAAUGGCCUAUUAGUGGUGGAAACUGGGGUCAAGGCACACAAAGCUACCCGGAGAUCAUCAUCACUGGGCACGCCGAUGGAACUGUGAAGUUCUGGGAUGCCUCUGCAAUAAUGCUCCAGGUGCUCUACAAGCUGAAAACAGCCAAGGUGUUUGACAGGAACCGGUCCAAGGAGGACAAGGGCAGCGCGGACAUGUCGGACGAAGACCCCUUCGCCAUUCAGAUCCUGGCCUGGUGCCCCGAGAGCCGGAUGCUGUGCGUGGCCGGGGUGUCGGCCAACGUGAUCAUCUACCGCUUCAGCAAGCUGGAAGUGACCACCGAGGUGGUGCAGCUACUUGAGGUGCGUAUGCAGUACGAGCUGAACGACAUAGAGUCUCCAGAAGGUGGGGGCGGAGGGGGGGAGCAGACGCCGGCGCUCCCGACACCCGGCGCCUCCCCUCAGACGAGCGGGCCGCCUUCCCACCCCUCCACCAGCAGCAACAACUCUGACGGAGGCAACAUGCCCUGCCUCAAAGUGCGCAGUACCCCUCUGAAGCAGUCUGCAGGCUACCAGGUGGACUUGGUGGUCCAGUUAGUGUGGGUGAGCGGAGAGCCUCCCCAGCAGAUCACAAGUCUGGCGCUCAAUUCCUCCUACGGCCUAGUGGUGUUUGGCAACAGCAACGGUCUGGCAGUGGUGGACUACAUCCAGAAGACGGUCGUGCUCAACUUGGGGACGGUCGAGCUUUACGGUGCCAACGACCCCUACCAGAGGCAGCCCCGGUCGCCAAGAAAGACGAGGCAGCCGUCUGGAGGUCUAUGUGACAUCAACGAGGGCUCAGCCACAUCAGAGGACCGCUGCAAGUCGCCUACUUCAGUGUUGACGUCAAACAGCAAUCUACAGCAAUUCUACAAUGGAGGUGGUAGAGGAGCAAAGAUGUCACGGAAAUUAAGCUUGCCUACUGAGCUAAAGCCAGACUUGGUCCUCCUAACUGUAUGCCCGCCGCGGGGUGCCAACCCAUUAGACCACCGGGACAAUUCCUUCAGCCGCUCUCGCUCCUCCAGCGUCACCAGCAUCGACAAGGAAGCCCGGGAGGCCAUCUGCUCCUUCCACUUCUGCGAGACCUUUGCCCGGAAGGGGGACAGCGCCCUGACACCUUGCCUGAAUGUGGGCACGACCCUGGGAACCGUGCUGGCUCUGGCUCUCACAUUGCCACCUGCUGGCGAGCAACGGCAGCUGCAGCCGGUUAUCAUUUCACCUACUGGCAUGCUGGUGCGACUGAAGGGCAGCAUCAUGCGGAUGGCUAUCCUGGACUCCACAGGGUCCGUGCUGCCCCCCCCGUUCGAGCCUUGGUUCGAACCUAACGUCACCGUAGACGGCGAGGAGCGAGAGAAGGUCCGUAAGCGCCGGCCCGUCUCCGUGUCCCCUUCCACCUCGCAGGACCUCAACGAGAGCCAGUACGCCGUGGUGUGUUCGGAGAAGCAGGCCAAGGUCAUCUCCCUGCCCUCGCAGACCUGCAUCCACAAACACAGCAUCACGGAGACGUCGUUCAUCCUGCGGGCGGACGUGGUGCAGAUGAACCUGGGCGUGUGUCUGGCUUGUUUCUGCGCCAACGGCCACAUCAUGACCCUCAGUUUGCCGGGCCUGAGACCGCUCAUGGAUGUCAACUACCUGCCUUUGACGGACAUGCGGAUAGCCAGGACGUUCUGCUUCACAAACCUCGGUCAGGCCAUGUACCUCUGCUCCCCCACCGAGGUUCAGAGGAUCACCUACAGUCAGGACACCUGUGAAAACCUGCAGGAGAUGCUGGGUGAACUUUUCACACCAGUAGAAACACCAGAGGCUCCCAACAGAGGGUUCUUCAAAGGCCUCUUCGGGGGAGGAGCGCAGUCACUGGACAGAGAGGAGCUCUUCGGCGAGAUAUCAUCUGGAAAGGCGUCUCGAGGCCUGGCCCAGCACAUCCCAGGCCCCGGUGGCCUCGAGGGUAUGAAGGGGGCGGCCUCCGGUGUGGUCGGGGACCUGGCACGCGCCCGAAUAGCGCUGGACGAAAGAGGCCAAAAGCUGGGAGAGCUGGACGAGAGGACGGCUGCCAUGAUGGCCAGUGCAGACUCCUUCUCCAAACACGCCCAUGACAUGAUGCUGAAGUGCAAGGACAAGAAAUGGUACCAGAUCUGAUCAGCACCAGGGGAGGAGCAGAGCUCCGCGGACCAGGCUUUCACCAUUCAUCGGCUCAUUCGGACUCACCGUGACCCCGCCCUCCCCCACCCGUCCAUUCACCGGUCCCUCCGAGCCUUCUCCACCGGGACACUUGGGAUUUUCUUCCCUAGCACAAUGUUGAACACUGUUCUUACCUCAGUCUGAAGGUGGAACUGAGGGGGAGACGGAGGAGAAGGACGACCUCAGAGGGAUCAGAUAAAUGGUGUCUUUUUUUAUUUUAUGUUCUCGUCUCUUUACCCGGUUUGGCGAGCGCACCUGGAGACUCUUCAUCGCCAUUCGCCGAAAGCAUCCUUUAACCGUUUUUCUCCACCUCCGGGAGCCUCUGGUGGGCGGGAUUCGAACCGACGAACACAGCCGAGAAAAGACAAGGCACCUAGUGAAGAAACAAAAGACUACAAAAAAAUUAUUAAAAUGUAAAAAAGAAGGAAAAAUAAUCUAAAUACAACAUUAUAUAUAUACAUAAAUCUAAUAAAUGUGCAAUGCUGUAUCCACUUCCAAGUGACAAGUACAAAAGAAUGGGAUAACUCACUGAGGAGACAGGAGCGGGGUGGGAGGCCCGAAAGGAGGCGGCGUCCGAGAUCCACAGGAAGUGCUCCGACAGCGACGCCUCCUCUAUGCAGAGAGUCGCAGGGAUAGAGCGACUUCCUCUGAUGUACACUGGAUAUCUCGUCAUCUCACUCAACCUCUAGACUCUCCUCUGUAUCUUACAAACGUUCAUAUCGUUACCGACAGUGUGUGUGUGUGCGUGUGUGUGUUCAUUUCUAUUUUCUCGCCAUUCCUCUAUUUGUUAUCUGUUGUUUUGUUUAUUUCCGCUCCGUCUGUAUUUUCGGACAAAUCUCUUAUUUUUCUAUCGUUGUGAAAGUGGAUGAUGUUUGAUUUGUUGAAAAAAAGAUGUUCAUUUGUGGCUUUUUGUCAAAACAACACCGAUUUAUUUUCUCCUAAUGAAAAGGGCUGGAAUCUCAAAGGAGGGCAAGGAUAUAAAAGGCAUAUGUAUCAUUUAGUGCUCACUGGGAAAAGCGUAUAAGCGACUCACUUUAAUUGUUUACCGGAGGAUUUAGAUUAUCUGAUGUUAUGGAAAAGAAUCCACAGUCUGCGAGAGGGAGCGUACACAUGCUGAUGGGAUCAGUAUUAAAGACGCUGAAAGUCCAGCUAGAUUUGUUGGUUUACAAUUUCUGGAUAUUUAUGUGUGUUCGUUAUAUAUGCAGGAGAGCAGAGACGUGGAUGUGUGAUCUGUGAUACUUCAGUUGUCUAUGUGAGAAAGUUGUGCGUGUGUGCGAUUUCCUUUUACCUAUUUAUUUAUCGAGGUGCAAGAGGACAAUGGUUCGGUGUCAGAAAAACGUCCACCUCCAUCAAUAUCUCGUUUCUAUGUUCCAGAUGUGGUGUAUCUCUCUGUCUACCAGGCUUUUAACCUUUAUUUGUAUAUAAGUAAAUAGUUUGACAAUCUAAGACCAACCGGAAAGUACAUGUCAAGGUUGCUGCAGCGACGUUAAAAAAAAAAAUGAAAAAAAAAAAAAAAGAGGAGAGAGGCCAUAUUUUUUCUGACGCCAAAGAGUUGCUUUAGCUUUUCCAUUGCACUAUCGUUUGGCUUCUCCGCUCCACGGGGUCGCGUGUUAUUCCGCAUGGCUUCGUCCCCGCGGAGUGCGGACCCUCUUCUGGGAGUGCUUCUCAUCUUCAUCAACCUCUUUUCAGGGUUUCGAGGAAAAACGGGAGCAAGUUGCAAUGGAACUCAGCCAUUUUAUAGAAACAUUGUGUCACAUGUUUGUCGUGAGAUGUAACACUUGGACAAAUGUUUCGUGUUUUAAAAAAGUGGCCUAACUGUUGGUCGAUGACGAGGCUCUCCCCCCCCCCCCCAGC